AUUCAAUUUUAGUUGUGAAUUGUUGGUGCGUUCGUGGAUAAGCGCACAUGUGCAUUUAUUUUUUAGAUGAAGUUUUCAACAUUUUUUUUACAGUCAAAUUACAUUCUCUCCAUGUAAUCUGUGAAGGGCCUUCAGUAGUCCUGGCCCGUAUAACCAAUCAGAGUUCUCAUUUGUUGUCAUCGGGCCAGUAAAGUGGCCGUUGAUGACCUAAGCAUAUUUUCCGACUUCUGAUUGGUUGGUCAGACCAAGCCAAGUUCGACUAGCAAAGCGUAGCCAUCCGCACAUUUGAACACAUUGGAUAAUGAAGCAUCUCUGCUGUCUCUCCACAGCACUGCAAGUGGUGGCGGACGUCAGUAAAACCUCCAAACCGCGUAAAGACUCGUCAAGCUGGUGCGACGGGAAGGUAUGACGGGGUAUGAAUCUUUGGCCGAGUGUUUCCUUUGCCUUCCUUGGGUUGUGUGGCGCUUGACCCCACCUGUACAAAUACUGCAUGCAACCUGUUGAGAUUCAUCACAUUGAUCAGCUAAAGGGGGUUAAGUACCUCCUGGUGCUACACAGUGUGGAGUACAACUUUAUGACACAUUACUCAUAAAUACAGGAUAUUGGGCUAAUGCCUGUAUGCCUUUCUGUGACUCUUCCAGUCUUUGUGGUAAUCUGAUGAAAUUAUACUGUACACUCAGUGGUUAAAGUGUGGAUGGAUGGAUGUUUGGGUGCCAUUUUUUUAUUUAAAAAAGUGUAAUUAAAAAAAUGUUUCGAUAAAAGAUUAUCCAUCCAGGCAUUUUCUUUGCCGCUUAUCCUCACAAGGGUCACGGGGAGUGCUGGAGCUUAUCCCAGCUGUCAAUGAGCAGGAGGCGGGGUACACCCUGAACUGGUCACCAGCCAAUUGCAGGGCACAAACUGUCGCACUCACAAUCACAUCUAUGGGCAAUUUAGAGUGUCCAAUCAAUGUUGCAUGUUUUUGGGAUGUGGGAGGAAACCGGAGUGCCCGGAGGAAACUCACGCAGGCACGGGGAGAGCAUGCAAACUCCGCACAGGCAGGUCCGCGAUUGAACCCGGGACCUCAGAACUGUGAGGCCAACGCUUUACCAGCUGACCCACAGUGCCGCCUCAAUAAAAAAUUUGAAAAGUCUUACAAAAUUCUUUGCAGGACAUGCCAUAAUUUAUGUUAAAUAAAGAAAUACAACACUGAUAGUGCUUGUAUAUCAUAAAAAUUACGGUAACAGUGGCCAUCGCGAUGCUUCAAACAGGAUAUUCUCAAGAGUAAAGUGGCCACUCACGUCUUCGAUUGUCACGGCAAUUCAGAUAUCGACACUGGAGUAGUCACAGAAAGGCAUUGAAGUGGAUGCUCUUGGAAACUGAAUUGCGGUUAGCGUACAUUGUGCGAAUUGUUAAACCCGUUCCGGCUGUCAUUUAGCUCCUGGAGAAAUGUACAAACACGGCAGAGCAGGUCCGACCGGUCCGACCGGAGGCGGCCGCCAGGCGGGCAGGAGGAGCGGGGAGGGGGUGGGGGGUGUGCCCCCUCUCGUGAAGGCGGUGAUGUGUCACAGUGACCAAACAAGACACAACAGCGAGACUUGGAAUGACAGAGGAACGCGAGCUCGGCCCAUUUUUAUGACUUCAGGUGCACCCAUGGAGCCGCUGCCUAUGUGAGAUUUCCUCUACAGAAACUCUUGAUCGGCAAGCACCACGAUGAGCGACGACCGUGAGAGACGGCGGGCCCGUCGCAGCCAGAGUCACGACUCCCGGCCGCCGCCCAACGUCAAACCUCGCAUGGACAACCGACGCCCUCAAAAAGUCCGGCGGUCCAGGAGCACCGACUCUGAAAGGGGGCGACGGACAGAGCGCCACUCUGGGGAGCCCAACCAGCAUCAGCACCAGCACCAGCACCAGCGCGGCAGGAGCGUCGACACCGGGGAACGUCACAGGAGGUCCAAACUGCCCGUGGAAAACGACGACGAGGAGCCCGAGUGCGCCAUCUGCUUCUGUUCCUACGACAACAUCUUCAAAACGCCCAAACUGCUGGCCUGCGGGCACACCUUCUGCCUCGAGUGCCUGGCGCGCAUCAACGUGAGCGCGCCCAAGCUCAAGACACUGUCCUGUCCCGUAUGCCGAGAACUCACCGACAUCCCGCACGGGCAGGACCUGCCCCGCCUGGGCAACAACCAAGAUAUUAUCAGCAGGCUCCCACCCGAGAUGCGCCGGGCCAGGUCCAUCCGCUUCAAACGCAGCAAAGGCAAGCUCCUCUUGAAGAACUCCACGCCCAGCAGCCCCGUCAAGAUCGGGGUCCUCAACCUGCCGCACAAAAGUCACGAGGCCCAAACCGCGCCUGCCGACGCGCUGCGCCUCAGCGCCAUGGAAAGCGGCGUGGAGCCGGCUACCAUGGUGGACGUGGGGCGCCCGCCCAACAGGGUGCGCGGGCGCAUCCGCCGCUUCUUCCGCUCGGACCGCUGCUACUACAUCACGGUGGCCGUCGUCAUCACCAUCACAGUGGCGCUCUUGCUCGUUGGCAUCCUGGCCUUUGUCAUCAUACCCAACGUGACCACAAGUCCGAGGCCCCCGCCUGGAAACCAGACGGCGCCUCCGCCGCCGCGGUCGGGGGACGCUUUCCCGUCAGGACUGUGACUGCCCUUUGAUCAUCCCGGGAAUUUACAAAGUUGGAAACUUUCCAUGGGAGUUACCGAAAAUUAAAAGAGAAAACCGGAAUUACGUGGGGUUUUCCAAAUUGAAGGUUGGCUAUUAAUAGGGAACUUUUCAUUUAGUUACAUAAGUAAAUUCGCUCGUCAGUCAAGACCCUUGCGUCGCGAAUCAGCAUUUCCAGUAAUUAAACUGAAAGUCACUCACAGUUUCACACAGUUAAUUGGUGUGCUGUGCCUUUAAAUGGUGUGGCCUAUGGAGACAGGAGCUGGUGUCCCCCUCCCUCCCCCACUUCCACAGUAGCUCAGCCACUGAUCUAAAAAAAAAAAAAGAUUGGCUAGUCACUAGCCGCUAGUGCAUCCACAUCGAGCAGGAUGUCGAUUGGUUGAGGCCAGUUGGCCGCCAUCUUGGUACUCCCAAAACGUGUGGAGGACAUGGUUUACAGGUUGGAUUAUGGCAGGGUUUUUCCUCAAAGUUUGGCAGGUAGAAUUAAAACUGGUCAGUGUGAGCUUGACAUUUUUGCAAUUCUGGUAACAUGAAGGAGUUUUAAUUAGACUUGGUAAGCCAAAAAAGGCAAAGUGCAAAGGAAAGACAGAACACCGUGACUACCUAGGGACCGAUUUCCGUGACAUGUUAACUUUUCCCAAAAUACGCUGUGAAGCACUAUCAUCAUAACAUAGCAAGAAAACUAAGCAAUUCUUUGUCAUAAAAACAUUCAUUUUUAAGUCAAUCAAUUCGAUUUAUUUUUGGAAAUAAGGACUCACAAUGGGAAAAUACAUGCAAAAGGCAUUGAUCAUUUGUUGUCUCUGCGACGUCCUAUUUCAGACAGAAAAAUUAAACUUGUUUCCUCGCAUUUGAAGAUGAAAUUAAAUUUGCAGGGUUCUGAAUUAUGAAAUUCACCAAAAAUUUCACAGAAAAUAUGUUUUCUUGCUUAUCCACAUGAUGAAGUUUGGGAAAAUAUUUACAUCGCUUUUUCACGAAAAACCGACAGCCUAUAAAGGUGAAGCAGAGAGUGAACAGUGAGCCGUAAACCGUAAACAUUUUGAUCAAGUGAACUAAACUUAUCAGAAAAAAAACUUUCCAAACAAACUUUAACAGUGUCAAACCAAUUCUUUCUAACUUACCAGUAGAAUGUUUUUGUCACAGCCACGAAACUGGCUGUUGCCGCACAGGUCGGCAUGGUUGUUUUGGGAGUAUCAAGAUGGCGGAUGGCGACAUCGGACUUCCUUGGGAGCCAUAAUAAUGUCUAAUAUACAGGCCCGAAACGAAUAUCCUUGAAAUGCGUGAGGUGAACGAGGAUUACGCAUUGUAAUAGGAGGCACGACUGAACAUUCCGUUUAGAUGUCAGCAAGGACGUCGACUUUGAAUGUCUCUCCGUCUCUGUUCAGAUCCACCGCCGCUCAAAUGAAGUAGAAAGGGGAGAAAAAAAAACCGAGGCGCAGAUGUCUGCCUUUAAGAAAACAAAAUAUUUACGCGGCUCGAUUAUUGUCUCUCCGUUAAAGUCCCAAUUUAAUUCCCGUGGAAAUGUACUGGAAUUUUCCCACCCUUGAGCAACCCUAACUAUGACUCUAACACUUUAGCACUGCCGCUUCACUUGUUUGUUGAGGCGAAGAAAUGAAGUCAAACGAGGACGGCGGCAUUUUUUUCUCAAAAAGCAACCGCAGACUUCAAAUUGCACGCGGAGCGGAAAGCUAAACUGUGAAAGCCAAAGCUGUUGUUGAAAAGCAUUGUGACAAAUUACAAAGUGUUUAUUUUUAUGGACCAGCUAAGUGUACAUACCUACAUGUAAAUGUGUGAUUUUAUUGUAAAUACACCAUCUGUCAAUAUUC